CAGUACUAUAGAGUUUGGGCCUGGCCUUUUCGGAGGCCCAAGGCCCUGCCCUACAGAAGGACCCCAUACCCUACCUUAUUCCCUCAUUCUGACUCUUGUCCCCUACACAGAAGCAGGUCCCCCUCCACCCCACAACUCAACCAGAAGUCCUCUGCUAGGGCACACCAUCCUUGCGUCUUCACAUUAGCAAAACUCCCUCUUCUUCCAGUUCAUUCCCGGGGCUGUAGUACUCCUUAGUUCAGAUCAGCUUGCUUGUAGUGCUCAAACGAAGAGUGUUUCUUCCUUUUCUUUCCUUGGUGUACCUUUUACGCAGUGAGAAAAUAAUGUAAAAAUGGUUGAGAAUACAAUUCAUGUGACGAUGCUUCCAUGGUCUGCAUUUGGCCACUUGAUCCCAUUUUUCCAACUUUCCAUAGCCUUAGCCAAAGCUGGUGUUCAUGUCUCCUUCAUAUCAACGCCCAAAAACAUUGAGAGGCUUCCUAAACUUCCGUCAACUUUAACUCAUUUGAUUGAUCUGGUGCAACUUCCUUUGCCAUCAUUGGAUAAAGAGCUCUUGCCAGAAGGUGCUGAGGCAACAGUGGACGUUCCAUUUGAAAAAAUUCAGUACUUGAAGUUGGCAUAUGAUAAUCUGCAACAUGCUGUGAAGCAAUUUGUGGCCAAUCAGUUACCAGAUUGGAUAAUUAGUGACUUUUGUCCGCACUGGAUCACAGACAUUGCUCAAGAGCUUCAGGUGAAGUUAAUCUUCUUUUCUGCUUUCUCGGCUUCUGCAAUAGCAUUCUUGGGACCACCAGGCACCAGAAAAGCUCCCAUUUCUCCUGAAAGUUUAACAGUACCACCAGAAUGGAUGACAUUUCCCUCAUCAGUGGCUCUUCGAAGACACGAGGCAAGUGCUUUUUGUGCUAAUCACUACGAGGAAAAUGCUUCAGGCAUAAGGGACUUGGAAAGGCUUGAAAAGGUAUUCAGUGCCUCCAAAGCUAUAAUAUUUCGUAGUUGCUAUGAGAUUGAAGGAGAAUAUUUGAAUGUAUUUCAGAAACUAGUUGGGAAGCCUGUGAUUCCCAUAGGUUUGUUACCUGUAGAGAGAGAAAAUGUUGAAGGGGUUAGGGGUGAGACAUUUGAGUGGCUUGAUAGACAAGCAAGCAGAUCAGUUUUAUUUGUAGGGUUUGGCAGUGAGUGCAAGCUGAGCAAGGAUCAAGUUUUUGAGAUAGCUCAUGGAGUUGAGGAUUCUGGAUUGCCAUUUUUAUGGGCACUCAGAAAACCAAGUUGGGCAAGCAAUGAUGAAGAUUCUUUACCUUUUGGUUUCAUUGAAAGGACAUGUGAGAGAGGAAUUGUUUGCAUGGGCUGGAUACCACAACAGGAAGUAUUGGCUCAUCCAUGUAUUGGGGGUUCUUUGUUUCACUCUGGCUGGGGUUCUGCCAUUGAAAGCUUGCAGUUUGGUCAUGCCCUAGUUGUGUUACCCUUCAUUGCAGAUCAACCUCUUAAUGCAAGGUUUUUGGUUGAAAAGGGUCUAGCCAUUGAAGUUAAACGAAGUGCAGAUGGUUCAUUCACUAGAAAUGACAUUGCCACAUCUAUUAAACAAGCUAUGGUAUUGGAGGAGGGGAAGAAUAUCAGAGUUAAUACUGGAGAAGCUGCUACAAUUGUAGGAAACGUGAAGCUGCACCAAGAUCAUUACAUUGCUGAAUUUGUUCAGUUUCUUAAGAAAUGAAUCCAGAAACAAAAUAUGAAACCGAAGAGAACCAUUAAGGCUUCUUGAGUUUAGGGUUUGACAGUUUGUUAACUAUACAAUCCUAUCUUAUAAGGCUAUUUAUAAAAGCAAAAAACAUGUAUUCUGAAUUCAACAAACACUUUGUAGUUUUUAUAUAUUCCAAAAGUCAGAUUCCACAUGGCAUAGAUCAGUCGUUUUCAGAUGAUUUAUAUAUCACUAGUUCCUUGUAUCCUCAAAAUGAAUAAUAGAAGUUGUGUCUUAUGUCCU